CAUUGCGUCGUUGAAACUAUUUUGGAAGAUAUUUUGAAAUAGGUUUAUCGAUUAUUUUAUACGAAAGGUUUAGUUGUAUUUUCCCUACAUCACCAUACUUGUAUAUAGAUACCACUCAUAUAUGAUAGAGAUAGAAAUAUUGUAGUACCCUUAAAAUUUCCUAGAUAUCUGAAAAAAAUGCUUUGGUAAAAUGAUAACGCGGAAGCCUAUUAUUUUGUUUCAUUAAUAAAAACAUCCAAGGUCAAACCCAUUACUACACUCGCCCACACUUCAUGCUUUAAAUAUGCAAAUAAAAAUUCUGUAUUAUAUUCUUCCCCCGUGUCUUUCGGUGGUCUGUAAUCCAUUUGAUUUGAACUUAUCAUAGAUUAGGAAAUGUUUUGGUUAGUUAAUCCAUGGGUUUUGUGCUGCCAGUGAUAUGUUUUUAUUUUUUCCACUUACAAGAAAUUUUAACGAUUUAAAAGAGGUGCAAAAGUUUUAUUAAGGCAAAUGGUCGAGGAAACAAUCAACAGUGUCAAUAAUAAACCCAAGGUGAAAACGAAUAAACCAAAGUCCGUCUAUUCUUGGAAUGUAAUCGAUGUACAGAAAUGGCUACGCAGGCACUGCAGUGAUCAUUGUUCCCUUUACAUGCAAAACUUCAUACAUCAUGAAAUUACAGGACGUGCACUUAUAAGAAUGAACGAUAAUUCCUUGCUCAGGCUGGGUAUAACCGAUCCCGUCCACAGGGAGGCAAUCUGGAGGGAAAUCCUCAAGCUUAGGUUAAAGACGGAUAUUAUGGAAAUUCGAGAUUUGCAAAUCCGAACUAGCAGUUAUUACUUUGAAGAUCUGAAGACUCUAAAUUAAUAGUAUUCAAUAAAACCAGGAGAGUAAAAAU